UCCAGCAGAUUAUGAAGCAGCAGUCCUCAGCAUCAUCUCCGGCAGACUCAUCUGGAUGUAUACAUGGCAUCAACGUGGCGCCCGAUGUCUCUCGCCUUAUUUUCUUUUGUUUUCCUGCAGAUAUCCUCGUCUUACGAGCAACUAUCCGCAUUUGUGGAAGGAAGCUCAGAUGAUGCACCGUCGAGAGACAUCAGCAUUCAAGAUGGAGGAUCGGGCAGCUCUAGUUCUCUGUCCGCAGCUGAAGCUCCACUCCGUCGGGCUCUGCAGCCGUACGGAUGGCAGCUAGACGUUCCUCCUCGCAGAAAGCUGCUUCAGUCUCCAGGAUUGUUGCUUUAUUCUCCUCUUAGUGUGACGUACAACGGCAAGACCUGCAUCCUCUUCAGGGCCAGGAAGCUGGCCAUCAGGUACAGAAACCACAGUCUGGUGGAUCUCACAGAGAAAACCUUCAGCCCAGACGCACCGCUCGACACCAAAGGAUCCUUCUGCAGUAAAGAUAAAGCCAUACUCAAUCUCCGCUUCGGUGAUGUGGAAGAUCUUCGAGGACUCUCCAUCAGGCUACAGAUGUCAAACACGUUUUAUGAGUCGGCAGGACAGAACUGGUUCACGCUCGAUAACGUGCACAUCCAUUACAACUGGACGUACGAGGCCACGUUUAAUGCCACAGAUGUGUACGCGCCAUCCACCAACUCAUACCACUGCCAGCACGUCAGCAGCCUGCAGAAAUACGACACGCUGCUGGUGCCCAGUGCCAACACUGACCACGCAGCAAACUGGCACAUCACGUUCACAGACUUCCAGAUCCAGGCCUUCAAUGUUCAGUCUAGUAAGUUCGCUCCAGCAAGCGACUGCGCCACUUUCUUCACUCCAGCCAUCCUGAUGGGUCUGAUCACGUCUCUGAUCCUGCUGCUGGUUCUGGCCUACGCCCUGCACAUGGUAGUGCAUCUGAAGCACAUCGACCGCUAUGAAGAGCACAAGACCACGGUUUAUUUCCCACGCAGCACAGAAGCCGAGUGCACAGAGAAGAACAACCUCUAGGGGGCGCCGCGCUGGACUCAAUGAUCCAGACUGACUCCUGUCCGCACCGCCGCCUGGGACUGACUGCACCACGCCAGUGAUGUCAUUGUGGUGGGACAGUGCAAGUCCGAAUCCGGCUCCUUCGGGACAUCCGAGGAUUUGGAGAUUUUUCUCACCAAAAACGAAAAUCUAGGAAUUUAAAUGUUUUCAGCGUCGGGUUUGGCGAGAGGUUUUCUGGAGGAUUGUGGGAAUGCAAUCGCAACUGAAAGUAAUGAUGCAUUGGAUUUACUACAUUUUUUUAAAAGGUUAAAUUGUUAAUAUUUUUUAUUCGUAUUCAAAUAUUUCCCAAACGAUGUUUAACAGAUUCAGGAAUUUUUCACAGUAUUUCCUAUAAUAUUUUUUCUUCUGAAGAAAGUCUUAUUUGUUUUAUUUCGGCUAGAAUAAAAGCAGUUUUUCAUUUUUUUAGGCCAUCAAUAUUUCUAUCCCACUUAAGCAAUAUUUGUUUUUUCCAACCCGGGCUCAUUGUGGAAACGUAGCCCCGCGGACGUUUCUGCGGACCGCGAUUUACGUCCCGGGAGGUACGUAUUCGAGCGUUUUUUUGUUUUCGUGGAUCCGCGAGAGGCCGCUGUGCGCGCUUUUUCGCGUCUCGGGCGCCGUUCUCGCGCGAAAAGCCGCCGGAUCG